ACCAAAUUAACAAACUAUUUCGCGUCUUCUAGCACCCACUUCCUCACAGUCCGCUAACGGCUGCCCCACGGGGUUUCCAGUAGUAGUGUAGCAAAGAGCAGCAAUGCUUGAGUGGAGAUGCGAAGGCUACGCUGGUAACGGGGAAUGGUUUUGGUGAGGCAUUAAGCCAUGGAAUAACCUUACCCAAUUACUGAACAAGGCGAACUGGAUGCCCAACUCUCCUUGGCCUGACUACUAAGCGGAUAUCUGCUAUUGUGGCAGUGCAUCUAGCUGCCUUGUACGGGCCAGGGUCCCCAACAUAUAAACCAGAAUCAUCACGCUCUGAAGCGAUUUAAAAUUAAAUGAUCUUAUCCCAGGUCCUCAUAAAUCUUUUAAUACCAUGUACUGAUUCCGAAUCCUAACGCUCGGCAUAUACUCGUUUUCGCAUCGAUCUUAUGGCUGAACCCCUAGAAAUUGACAAGGCGGCGGCUUGGCUUAGCCAGUAUGGGUAUUCACGCGGGAUAACAUAUAGGGAUCUCUCCCUGAAGAGCGGGAUUCAUUUCACUUCUUUAGGCCAUCGGAACCUUGGACGCCAAUCAACACGAGAAGCUGCCUACGAUAGACAAUACUUGACAUAUGAGGAAGAAAAAGUAAUUGCUACUUGCUUGUUGUCUAUGGCUCAGAGGGGGCAUCGUCCCCCAAGAAACUUUAUACGAAAAAUAGCUCAUCAUGUUAAGCGCCAACGCAAUUCAAUUGAACCCGUUCACCAAUAUCAGCCAGAGGGUGAUGAUGUUCGCAUGCCUGGAAAGAAUUGGUCGGCGGCAUUCUACAAACGGCAUCCUACGCUAAAAAACGCAUUGAAAAUCGCAAAGAACACAAAAAAAUGCGAUCAGCACAUCUACGAUAAUAUAGAUGCAUGGAUCAACAUCAUAUCACCGAAACUCGACACGUUAAAGGCGUUAAAUAAGAACACAUACCACGUUAUUACUACAGGGGGCAUACUAAAAUUUCCUGCAAUAAUUCCGGAAAUUGUCAGCGAGGAUACGAUACGCGCUUAUUUGGACGCCAAUAAAGAAGGAAAGGUUGUUACCACCAUUGAAUGCAGUAGUAUGGACGGUCGAUUUAUAAAUCCCUUGAUCAUUUCGCCAACUGACGCCGAGAGAAAUCAAACACUCAGCCAUGUUCUUAACUGUCACCACAAUCAAUCCAGGAAUGGCUAUCUGGAUAGAAAGAUUACCAUGAAAUGGUUCAUGAAUAUAUUCGAACCUCAAACAAGGGCAAUUGCAAAUGGCAGACCCCGAUUUUUGAUCAGCGAUGCUCUGACUUGUUACAAUACACGCGAAUUGAGAGUGUUUUGUAAACAAAAUCGAAUUCAUCUAUGUGGACCUCAUUCAAUGGUUGUGCAAAGGCUCCGAUUUCAUACAGCUAGUUCUUUUGAACAAUUGCAAAUCUCACUCAGAGAAGAAUACAGCAGAGAAUAUUGCCGCUCUAGAGAUUAUGAGAAGGCACAGUUUUCGCUUUUGUAUGAUCGCGCACGACAGAGAGCAAUUGAUGUACAUACUCAAGCCCAAUCCCAAGAUCAGGAUUCUUCCGAAGCUUCUAUUGACUCUAGCGCAUCAAUCUUCGAAGACAGCCCACAGACUGUAGGAGACACUACACAGACCGCAAAGGACACCCCAAAGACUCUCGAGCUCAUAUCUUUACGCCAAGAAAUCGAGAAUGAUUUAAAGUGCGAGGCUUUUAAUGAAUCUGUGAAAGGCCGUAUUCAGCAUCUUUUAGAUAUUGCAAUGGCAGGGGCUGUAAUCUAGAUUUCUUCACUCGCAAAGCUAGCUGUAUCAGUCUAUAUGUGACACAAAAUAUGUAGACUUAGGUAAAGCAAGAAUUUCAGAUUUUUUUUUUGAACCAUCUAUGCAGCAGAUCUAAAGUUGGCGGUAUAUAUAAAGUUGUCUACAUAAUAUUAACUUCGUAUAACAUAACUAUGCAGAAAAAGCUGAACUUGAUACGGAGGAGACAUUAUAGCAUAGAGCAUUCAUGUUAGCCGAAACUUAAGGCGCCUAGUACCUAAAAAUAAUCUCCUGUGAAGAUAUGCAACCCCUCGAACUUGAGCAAGACCGGAU